AUGUCGUUAAAGAAUGGAUUUAUAUUGAUUUCUCUAGUGAUUGAGGUGAUCUCGGAGAUCAGUUUGCAAGCAUUUGAAAUGCGGAGGAAAAUGGAUGUCUCUUGCUUUAUGACAGGAAACAAAUCGAUCGAAGAUUCGGAUGUGAUUUUGGAUGGGGAAUUUACGAGAUGCAAUCCAUUCUUUUACAAUUGUCGAUAUGUCGGUGAAACGACGAAUGAUGCAAAUAAUGAUAGUUUGAACACAUGCAAUUUCUACUAUUUCUCCCGUGUCUCCACUUUGUGCACAAAUUUGGAUGAGUGCUAUGUGGUUAAGCUGCGCUGUGGAAAAGCCGCCUUUGAAUUGACAGCCUUGUCGCUUUUCUUGAUGCUCCUAAUUUGGCUCUUGUUGAUGGUGUACUUUGUGAAGCUCAUCCAAGUUUGGAUCUUCGCUGCUUCACACUCUGGAUCGGCGAAUCUCUCAAGGCGUGAAAAGCAGCACAAUCAAAAGGUGGCAAACGCUGUAAAAGCGUCAAUGAAAAAGGGCCAUGUCAAUUUGGGAAUCGUCGGUUUCGAUGAAAACGGGCAAGCGAUCGAUGAAAGGUUCCGUGAAACGAAAUUCGUGGAAAUCGAUUUAACAGAACAGACGCCU